AUGCUAUUCUCUGCACCAUUGCAAACAGAAUCACUAAAUAUUAAUAUUAUCAGUUACAGCGAAGUUUGAGAGAUGGAUUGUAAGAGAUCUUUGUCAGCUUCUCUAUUCAUCUCAAUCAACCUUCUCUUCUUUUCCCUCGGAAGCGGUUGCUACACUUGUCCCAAGCCAAACCCUAACCCAAGCCCCACCACUCCUGCCAGGCUGAGUUGCCCGAGAGACGCCCUAAAGCUGGGGGUUUGUGCAAAUUUGCUUAAUGGAGCCGUUGGCGCUGUCGUUGGGACCCCUCCAGACAUCCCGUGCUGCUCAUUACUCCAAGGGCUUGUCGAUCUUGAAGUUGCUGUCUGUCUUUGCACUGCCAUUAAAGCAAACAUUCUUGGCAUCAACCUUAACAUCCCCAUUUCACUGAGCUUGCUCAUCAAUACUUGUGGGAAGAAUGUCCCCUCUGACUUCCAAUGUGCCUAGUCAGGCACUUCUUUAUAAGAUCCAUCAGUGUUGCAACAAUAGUAGUACGUACUACUGGGAUUUGUCUUUUUUUUUUUUUUUGUUAAGUCGUUUUCUAGCAAGUGUUCAAUAACACUGACCUUAAGAUUACAACUCUGAUUGUAACAGUGGUCUUGCACUGAUUCUUAUUCUGUAGUUGCAAUUAUAUAUAUGUGAUUUCUACUUUUUGAAAAUGGUCA